GUUUGUUUGUCUAUUGAACCCAUUUUUAAAUCAGUUUAUCACUGACACCAAAAAAAUGGAAUCUGUAGUUUAAAUCAUUUAUUUCCAUGGCCUAAUUUAUGGAAUAUGAAUUGAAGUCAUCCAUAAAUGAAUACUCUAUAUUUAGGGUUGAUAAUGAGAGGGGUGUUUUCCCCUUCUCUACAUGUAUCCCUGAAGAGCAGGGUGGACUCCAGCCUCUGGGAGCUGGCGCAUCCCCCGCGUCCUCAUCCAGAGACAUUCUCAGCAUAGGAUCCCUUCAUUCAUGCUGGACUCCUGAUGCGCAGUCAGGAGGACCAGCCGUGCGUACGGCGCUGCUCCUGAACGUCUCCUCCCCUGUUUCUGCAGUGUUACUGUUUUUUUCCCUCCCGCUCACUCAUCGCGCCUUGUGCCAACGCUGCCCACACCGCAGGAGCAGGACGGGGCUCACGUUUGCGCAGCAGCACGCUCCUUUUUUCCGCCUCAUUCCUGCGCUUGAUGUCCAUCUUGGUCCUGAUCCGCGCACUGCCUGCUCUCCAUCCAUUCCCGCCUACUCUCAUUUGCAGUCCUUGCUUCUUCUGUGCGUUCUCCAGCUCAAACUGAGGAGCAGUGGCAUUUCUGCGCGCAUCUUUUUCUUUGUUUUUUUUUCCCUGCCACUAAAGGAGCAUCUUCAGUUAUUGUGUUGAUUUUUAGAUGUGAGGAAUUUCUGCGAGUCGAAUCAGGAGAGAAACAGACAAUUAUUUGAUUAUUUUACGCAUCCACAGCCGCACGGAUCUGGAGCUGUAGAGGCUUUGGGGUGGGGGUAAAAAACCUGCUCUGCUUUGCGGGGAGGCGUCGCGCUGAUGCCACAGAGGAGGUUCAGUCAAAAGAAGUGACCGGACUGAGUUUGGCUCUGCGCGGUCAGGGAACAUACGCGUCAUUUCGCGCAACAAGCCGGGAGCACGGCGCCAGCCUGCUGUGUGGAUGGCACAGGGGGUGUCUUCCUCUGUUGAUCUGGUGCAAGGGGGGGCACGCUGUGACCACCAUCCAGCUGAGGCUCCGGGCUUUCUAGCAAUAUGAGAGUGAAGUUGGUCUCCUGAGGUCACAACAUCCACAGCGGGCUGACUCACACACAGCUGCACACAGAGGUGACCCUUCAAAUGCAACACGGUUUAAUCUCCAGACCCAACAUCGUCACUCAGCCAUGAUUCCGCUCAAGCGCAUCUUAAAAUACCCUCAACCCGUCAACCCGUAUUUGCUCAUCUCCCUUUUGCUGGUCCUUCUCCCGGGAGUCACUAGAUUUUCCCACGCCGGCGGCACGCAUGACGGCAACAGCAGCGCCCCGAGCAACUGCUCCAGCGAGGACAACUGCUCUGAGGGUGUGGUGCUGCCCAUGUGGAACCCCCAGAACCCCGCCGUGGGGGAUAAGGUGGCGCGUGCCAUUGUUUACUUUGCAGCCCUAAUAUACAUGUUCCUGGGCAUGUCCAUCAUCGCUGAUCGUUUCAUGUCAUCGAUUGAAGUCAUCACCUCUCAGGAAAAGGAGAUCACCAUCAAGAAGCCAAACGGCGAGACGACAACCACGACUGUGAGAAUCUGGAACGAGACGGUGUCCAACCUGACCCUGAUGGCUCUGGGCUCAUCCGCACCAGAGAUCCUGCUGUCUGUCAUCGAAGUGGUGGGCCACAACUUCGAGGCUGGAGCUCUGGGGCCCAGCACCAUCGUGGGCAGCGCUGCCUUCAACAUGUUCAUCAUCAUUGCUAUCUGCGUCUACGUGGUGCCAGAAAGUGAAACCCGAAAGAUAAAGCACCUGCGGGUGUUUUUCGUCACUGCCGCCUGGAGCAUAUUCGCCUACAUCUGGCUGUACCUCAUCCUAUCCGUGUUCUCUCCCGGAGAGGUGGAGGUCUGGGAGGCGGUCCUCACCUUCCUCUUCUUCCCCCUCUGUGUGGUGCAAGCUUGGAUCGCAGAUCGCCGCCUGCUCUUUUACAAGUACGUCAACAGGAGGUACCGCGCCGACAAGACCCGCGGCAUCAUCAUCGAGUCAGAAGGAGACGCCAUGUUCACCAAGAUGGACUUGGAGAUGGAUGGGCAGGGCACAAACUCCCACGUCCACCCCAAGGAGGCUCUGGAUGGGAUGUUGGAAGGGGUGGAGGAGGGUGGAGGGAUGAGCCCGGAGCAAGAUCAAGAGGAGGAGGCCCGCCGGGAGAUGGCCCGCACCUUGAAGGAGUUGAAACAGAAACACCCGGAGAAAGACAUGGAGCAGCUGAUCGAGAUGGCCAACUACCAAGUGCUAGUCCAGCAGCAGAAGAGCCGCGCCUUCUACCGCAUUCAGGCCACGCGCAUGAUGAUCGGGGCCGGGAACAUCCUGAAGAAGCACGCCGCCGACCAGGCCAGAAAGGUGGUGAGCUGUCACGAAGCCAGCGGGCAGGAGGAGGACCCCAACACCAUCUACCUGCAGUUUGACCCCUCUCACUAUCAGUGCUUUGAGAACUGCGGAUCCUUGAAGCUGUCAGUGAGCCGGCAUGGAGGAGAGAGCGGCUGCACCGUUAAGGUGGAUUACCGGACGGAGGAUGCAACUGCCAACGCAGGCUCCGACUAUGAGUUUGCUGAGGGCACCCUGGUCUUCAAGCCAGGCGAAACAACCAAAGAGUUCACAGUGGGGGUCAUCGACGACGACAUUUUCGAAGAGGACGAGCAUUUCUACGUCCGCCUGAGCAACCCGCGCAUCGUUCACCGAGCUGAGGUGUCCAUCCUGGAGCCGAGCUCCAUCACCUCCAGCAACAGCAUGGUGGGCAUCUCCUCCCACGUCCCUCCGAAGGCCGCCCUGGGGAAAGACCCCGUCGCCACGGUGACCAUCUACGACGACGACCACGCCGGCAUAUUCACCUUCGAGAGCAAGUCCAUGAGGGUCAGCGAGAGCGUGGGCAACAUGCAGGUGAAGGUUCACCGGACGUCCGGGGCGAGGGGGAAGGUGGCCGUGCCGUACCACACCGUGGAGGGCACGGCCAAAGCCGGGGAGGACUACGAAGACGUGUCGGGGAAGCUGGAGUUUCAGAACGACGAGACCAUGAAGCUGCUAAAUGUGAAGAUCAUUGAUGAUGAGGAGUAUGAGAAAAACAAGACCUUCACUAUAGUGCUGGAGGAACCCAUUCUGCUGGAAGUGGGACAGAGACAUGGAGACACCAAUGACAACAAGACGGCGGUGGGGCCGGAGGACGUGUCAAAGAUGGGCUGCCCUAUCCUGGGGGAGCACACCAAACUGGAGGUGGUCAUUGAGGAGUCCUAUGAGUUCAAGAGCACAGUGGACAAGCUGAUCAAGAAGACCAACCUGGCUCUGGUGGUGGGCAGCAGCAGCUGGAGGGAGCAGUUUGUUAGCGCUGUCACUGUCAGUGCAGGUGACGAUGAUGAGGAGGAGAGCGGUGAAGAACGCCUGCCGUCCUGCUUUGAUUACAUCAUGCACUUCCUGACAGUUUUCUGGAAGGUUCUCUUCGCGUUUGUCCCUCCGACCGAGUACUGGAACGGCUGGGCCUGCUUCUUUGUCUCCAUCUCCCUCAUCGGCGCUCUCACCGCUGUGACCGGAGACCUGGCCUCACACUUCGGCUGCACCGUCGGUCUCAAAGACUCCGUCACCGCCGUGGUGUUCGUGGCUCUGGGCACCUCCGUUCCAGACACAUUUGCGAGUAAAGUGGCCGCCAUCCAGGACCAAUAUGCCGACGCCUCGAUCGGGAACGUGACGGGCAGCAACGCCGUGAACGUGUUCCUGGGCAUCGGGGUGGCGUGGACCAUUGCAGCCGUUUACUGGCACACCAAAGGAAAGUCAUUCAAAGUGAACCCCGGCUCCCUGGCCUUCUCGGUCACCCUCUUCACUAUCAUGGCUCUGGUGUGUGUGCUGGUCCUGCUCUACCGCAGACGUACCAGCGUGUCGGGCGGAGAGCUCGGGGGCCCGCGGACAGCCAAGCUCCUCACCUUCUUCAUGUUCCUCUCCCUCUGGUUCAUCUACAUCCUGCUGGCCUCCCUGGAGGCGUACUGCCAUGUGCCUGGCUUCUGAGACCAAGAGAAAAGCACUGACGCGACUUUUCUCCUUGUUUUUACACUCUGUUGAACAUGUUUUUCUCUGUUUUUGUCUAUUUUCACAAAAGUUUAUAACUAUUUGUAUCAUUACUUACUACUGAUACUGCACAAUAUCUUAUUGACUAUGAAUCCAAGGACUUGCAAUUUUGUUACCACUGUUUAUGCUGUGAAACGCUAGCUUCAGCCAUUUCAGUUUGUGACUUUUUGGCUUUGUUUUCACGUUUCUUAAACAGACAUGGAUUUUUAUCGCAUCAAAUCCAUUUUUCACUUUUUUGAGCUUUUUUUUUUUUUUGCUCAAAGUGCAAUAUUGAUGUUUUUAUUUAAACAAUCUUUGCAUUUGGUGGAUGUUUUUAAAGUGGAAAAAAUUAAAGACGGUGCAUGGUGUGACCCUAUGUAUUUACAUACACGAGAAGAUGAAAGGUUACAAAAAAUGUGAUAUUUCGUGUUAAAUUGAAACAAUUAUUCAUUGUGGUCAUGUACAUGAUGAACUUUGUGCGUGGGAGUUUUGUGAAAGAUGUUUUUUUAUUUAUUGUUUUGCACGGAUGAACAGCUUUUUGGUGAAUUAUUUUUUUAGUGCUGUAAUAUUUUGACGAGGCUGUUGAAGUGUAGAUGUAUUCAGCUGUAUCAUACUUUCUUCACUGCCUGGCUCCACUCUCAAAGCCUUCUUCAUCAGUUUCAGACAAGAGAACUUUUUUUUUUUUAAGAAAUGUUCCUGAAUCAGAGUUCAAGCUGUACAAAAUUCUUUGAUUACAAGAUAAUGAAGUGAAUGUGUGUGUGUGUAAAGUGAGCGUGCACAUUUCAUCUGUGAAGCACAACUUUGAUUUCACUGAAGUGGUAAAGAGUCUGUAUCGGUAUGAAUAAGAAGUUUACUCCUCUAUGCUAACCAACUGUUAACAUUUUUCAACAUUUUUAAUAUUUACAAUUUCCAACAUUAGAGCAGGGAGAUUCUUUAUCUGCACAAUCACAUCAUUUGACCUGCAAAAGCGAAACAGAGGAUUUGUUAUUCAUUUUUCUCAGUGUCUACUUGUGUCACACAGUGGUUGAUACUGACGUUGUUUUUGUAAUGACGCUGGAGUCUGUAUAGCCAUAUUAAUUGUAACUGUAUUACAGUAGAGUAAUUUCUAUGAUCUAUUUUACUUUAUUGGUAUGCACGUUUAAUGUAUAAAUAGUGGAAAUAAAUGUUUCUGAUUUAUAAUACCAGAAAA